GCUCGUGCCAGACGGACCUGUACUAGGUGUCCCCAAAACAAAUAUAAGAUUUACUUAUAAAAACUGUGCUGUGUUGUGUGUCCUAGUGAUAUACCGUGUGCACCAAAACCUUUAAGUUAUAAUGGGUAACAAGCAAUUGAAUAAAAAGAAGACAUCUCGAAAAAGACAACUCGGAAGAUUCCAACAAACAAUGGAACUAACGAAAAGAAGAAAAUUGGAUAAUUUCACAGCCGAACAUGAUACUAUAUCUUUAGACUACAUCGAACUGCAAAAUAUGGAAAUGGAAUCUCCGAUUUCAUCAACCACUGACAUUCAAAGUAACGAUGAGGCGACCGGCUCAAACAUUUUGAACCCACGCAUUGCACAGGUGGAUGACACUUAUCGGGUUCCUAGUAUAUUAGAGGAAGAAGAUACCCAUGAGGUAGGUGAUUCAUGCUAAUUAUGCUUAUUGAUUGUAGAGCAGAGAACAAUUUUACCUUUUGUACUAACUACCUAGCUAGAAUAACAUUGUUUCAACUUCGUGUGCCAGAAUUCCAUCGUAAAUUGAUUUAUCACACGAUUCGUAGUCAUUAUACAGGGUCUUACUUUUAUUUCUCUCGUUGGUUCUUUACCACCGGUGCUUUAUAUGUACAGUCGACGUCAAAUAUAUGUAUACAUUUUUCACCUUAUUACAAAGGAGUAUGCUGCAAUAGGUACAUAUCUUUGACGUCGACUGUACAUGAUGUGACAAAUUGUAAAUGCUAACACAUACAAUAUAUUUUAUUUUCAGUUACAAAUAUCGUUCAAUGUGGAAGAAGAGCUUCCUGACAAAACCGUCGGUCGAAGAAUUGUCGCAGUUAGUUACCAUUCGAUUCGAUUCCUCGCAUUUUAUCCAAUAAAAGAUUGUAUGGAAACUAUAUACAUAAACGCAAUAUUUCACCGACAAAAUCGCAAUUUUCUUGUUUUGUUCAUACUUCAAGAUGGACUCUUUGUGACCUUGACGUCACGGUCACAUAUCGUUUUGUUCGGGGCGUUUCGCGAGUGAAGUACGACUGUCGGACUUUGACUAUCAUUUCUGACUUUUGUAUUCCUUUAAUGCAAUGGAUCCCAUAUAGACUUUUGAUCCUAAAGACAAACCUGAUCGAUUGAUACCAUAAAUGAAAAUUAGUCAUCUAUUAUCGAUAAGUAUAUAUGUUUUUCUUCAUCAAAUUAUCAAUAAUUUUCAUUUUUUAGAUUGUUCCCUCUAUAAACUCCUAAUAGUCUACC